AUGGAGUACGGAGUCGGGUUCUUUAACGGAACGGGGAACGGGGACGGGUACGGGGAACGGAACGUGAACGGUUACUUUGAAUCGGGGAACGGAUACGGGAACGUUCGGACGGGAAUCGGGUACGGGUUCGGGGAAACGGUAACGGGAACUGGAACUGGGCUACGAUCGGGUCUACCGGGACUCCGCCGAACGGAACGGGAACGGGGGUCCGCUUCACACCCCACCCAACGGCACCCGCCACCCCAACCCCACCGGCCCCCCCGCCAACCCGACACGGGCCGGGUACCACCGACCACCCGACCCCACCCCCGGGCACCCGACCACCCCCACCGACCUCCUGACCCCGACCCCACCCCACCCCCACCCCACCCGCACCGGACCCACCCCACCCCACGCGCACCCCGCACACCCCACCCCCCACCCGCCCCAACCCCCACCCGCGCCUACCACCCGGACCACCGCCCGGGCACCCCCCACCCACCGCCACCCCCCCGGGACCCACCCAACCCACCCCCACCCACCGGCACCGUCCCCACCCCCACCCCACCACGGUGGGUCCCCACCCCCACCCACGGGUCACCCCACCCGACCCCCCCUACCCGGACCACCCUCCCGGACAACCGCCCCCGACCACCCCCACCCGACACCCCCACCACCGGGCCCGGGACCCCGCAACCCGUCCACCGCACCCCCACCCCCCCACCACGGGGUCCCAUCGCUACCCGCCCCCACCCACCGGCACCCCACCACCGCACCCCACCGCUCCCGCCCCCCCCCCCCCCCCCCCCCCCCCCCACCCCCCCCCCCCCCCCCCCCCCCCCCCCCCCCCCCCCCCCCCCCCUCCCCCCACCCCCCCCCCCCCCCCCCCCCCCCCCCCCCCCCCCCCCCCCCCCCCCCCCCCCCCCCCCCCCCCCCCCCCCCCCCCCACCCCCCCCCCCCCCCCCCCCCCCCCCCCCCCCCCCCCCCCCCCACCCCCCCCCCCCCCCUCCCCCCCCCCCACCCCCCCCCCCCCCCCCCCCCCCCCCCCCCCCCCCCCCCCCCCCCCCCCCCCCCCCCCCCCCCCCCCCCCCCCCCCCCCCCCCCCCCCCCCCCCCCCCCCCCACCCCCCCCCCCCCCCCCCCCCCCCCACCCCCACCCCCCCCCCCCCCCCCCCCCCUCCCCCCCCCCCCCCCCCCCCCCCCCCCCCCCCCCCCACCCCCCCCCCCCCCCCCCCCCCCCCCCCCCCCCCCCCCCCCCCACCCCCCCCCCCCCCCCCCCCCCCCCCCCCCCCCCCCCCCCCCCCCCCCCCCCCCCCCCCCCCCCCCCCCCCCCACCCCCCCCCCCCCCCCCCCCCCCCCCCCCCCCCCCCCCCCCCCCCCCCCCCCCCCCCCCCCCCCCCCCCCCCCCCCCCCCCCCCCCCCCCCCCCCCCCCCCCCCCCCCCCCCCCCCCCCCCCCCCCCCCCCCCCCCCCCCCCCACCCCCCCCCCCCCCCCCCCACCCCCCCCCCCCCCCCCCCCCCCCCCCCCCCCCCCCCCCACCCCCCCCCCCCCCCCGCCCCCCCCCCCGCCCCCCCCCUCCCCCCCCCCCCCCCCCCCCCCCCCCCCCCCACCCCCCCCCCCCCCCCCCCCCCCCCCCCCCCCCCCUCCCCCCCCCCCCCCCCCCCCCCCCCCCCCCCCCCCCCCCCCCCCCCCCCCCCCCCCCCCCCCCCCCCCCCCCCCCGCCCCCCCACCCCCCCCCCCCCCCCCCCCCCCCCCCCCCCCACCCCCCCCCCCCCCCCCCCCCCCCCCCCCCCCCCCCCCCCCCCCCCCCCCCCCCCCCCCCCCCCCCCCCCCCCCCCCCCCCCCCCCGCCCCCCCCCCCCCCCCCCCCCCCCCCCCCCCCCCCCCCCCGACCCCCACCCCCCCCCCCCCCCCCCCCCCCCCCCCCCCCCCCCCCCCCCCCCCCACCCCCCCCCCCCCCCCCCCCCCCCCCCCCCCCCCCCCCCCCCCCCCCCCCCCCCCCCCCCCCCCCCCCCCCCCCCCCCCCCCCCACCCCCCCCCCCCCCCCCCCCCCCCCCCCCCCCCCCCCCCCCCCCCCCCCCCCCCCCCCCCCCCCCCCCCCCCCCCCCCCCCCACCCCCCCCCCCCCCCCCCCCCCCCCCCCCCCCCCCCCCCCCCCCCCCCCCCCCCCCCCCCCCCCCCCCCACCCCCCCCCCCCCCCCCCCCCCCCCCCCCCCCCCCCCCCCCCCCCCCCCCCCCCCCCCCCCCCCCCCCCCCCCCCCCCCCCCCCCCCCCCCCCCCCCCCCCCCC